GCUCUAGAAUGGCAGUGGCCAGUGGCGGAGAGCUUCCUGCAGCUGAGAAAGACAGAAAAUAGAGAAAAGGUAAAAAAGAGCAGACGAAGUUGGCGAGAAAACGCUGCCGCCGUGUCUCAGAAGCUCUCCUUCUUUGACUGAGUCUUUAACUCGUUCGAUCCCUUUCCCCGAUUCAACUCAGUCCUGUUUCAUUUCCCCCGUAUAGAAAACAAAAUCCUCUCUGCGAUUUUCUUCUUGAAAAUCUAGGGUUGCAUGAAUUAGGGUUUUGGAUUUGAGCUCAUAUCAACGAUGAUGAUCUCUCGAGGCCUCUUCGGGUGGUCCCCACCCCACAUCCAGCCGUUGACUCCGGUCUCGGAGGUCUCAGAGCCGCCGGAGUCUCCGUCGCCGUACAUGGACACGAACGUGGAGGGUGUGCCGAUUGAGGACGACAGUGGCGGGAUCGAGGACAUGGAGGAGAACGAGCCGCCGCCGGCUGCCGUACCGUUCUCGCAGUUGUUCGCCUGCGCUGACCGGCUCGAUUGGGUUCUGAUGGCCGUCGGAUCAGUGGCGGCCGCGGCCCACGGGAUGGCGCUGGUCGUGUACUUGCAUUUCUUCGGGAAGGUUUUGCAGCUGCUGAGAACUGUGGAACCGGAGUUGACGAGAGAGGAGCUGUUUGAUGAGUUCACGAAGCAUGCUUUGUACAUUGUUUACAUAGCCUCAGGCGUUUUUGCUGCUGGAUGGAUAGAGGUUUCAUGCUGGAUUCUUACUGGAGAGAGGCAGACUGCAGUCAUCAGAUCGAAGUAUGUCCAAGUAUUGCUAAAUCAGGACAUGAGUUUUUUUGACACAUAUGGGAACAACGGGGACAUCGUGAGUCAAGUAUUGAGUGAUGUGCUUCUCAUUCAAUCUGCUCUCAGUGAGAAAGUUGGUAACUAUAUUCAUAACAUGGCAACAUUUUUUGGUGGUCUUGUCAUUGGGCUGAUCAACUGCUGGCAGAUUGCUCUCCUAACCUUAGCCACUGGGCCAUUCAUUGUUGCUGCGGGAGGAAUAUCAAACAUAUUUCUGCACAGGCUUGCUGAAAAUAUUCAAGAUGCAUAUGCUGAGGCAGCAAGCAUUGCUGAGCAGGCAAUCUCUUACAUCAGGACAUUAUAUGCAUUCACGAAUGAGACAUUGGCGAAAUAUUCUUAUGCUACUUCGCUUCAAGCAACACUGAGAUAUGGUAUAUUGAUAAGUCUUGUGCAAGGACUUGGGCUUGGGUUUACAUAUGGACUUGCUAUCUGUUCAUGUGCUUUGCAACUUUGGGUUGGAAGGUUCCUGGUUACUCGUGAAAAAGCCAAUGGUGGUGAAAUUAUAACAGCUCUCUUUGCUGUUAUUCUGAGUGGCCUUGGGCUUAAUCAAGCAGCGACAAACUUCUAUUCAUUUGAGCAAGGGAGGAUUGCUGCUUAUAGACUAUUUGAAAUGAUAAGCCGUUCAACCUCUACCAUUAAUCAAGAUGGGAAUACUCUAUCCUUAGUGCAAGGAAACAUCGAGUUUCGGAAUGUAUAUUUCAGCUACCUAUCUCGUCCUGAAAUCCCUAUCUUAAGUGGGUUUUAUCUCACUGUACCUGCAAGAAAGACUGUAGCACUUGUUGGCAGGAAUGGUUCAGGAAAAAGCAGUAUAAUCCCUCUCAUGGAGCGUUUCUAUGAUCCUACAUUAGGAGAAGUUCUUUUGGAUGGGGAGAACAUUAAGAACUUGAAACUAGAAUGGUUGAGAAGCCAAAUAGGACUGGUCACCCAGGAACCUGCCCUGCUUAGUUUGAGCAUCAGGGAUAACGUUGCUUAUGGACGGCCAACUGCUACUUUGGAUCAGAUAGAAGAAGCAGCAAAGAAAGCACAUGCACAUGCAUUUAUCAGCUCACUUGAUAAAGGAUAUGAGACACAGGUGGGCAGGGCUGGUUUGGCACUAACUGAAGAGCAAAAGAUAAAACUUUCUGUUGCCAGGGCAGUGCUUUCAGAUCCAUCCAUUCUUCUGCUUGACGAGGUCACUGGUGGCCUUGAUUUUGAGGCGGAAAGAGCUGUUCAGGAGGCUCUGGAUAUCCUCAUGUUGGGACGCUCGACCAUCAUAAUAGCUCGGCGGCUGAGCCUUAUAAGGAAUGCUGACUUUAUAGCUGUGAUGGAGGAAGGCCAACUUGUUGAAAUGGGUACGCAUGAUGAAUUACUGACCCUGGAUGGCCUAUAUGCAGAGCUCCUUAAAUGUGAAGAAGCAGCAAAACUUCCUAAGAGGAUGCCAAGAAGGACCAAUAAAGAGACUUCAACUUUCCAAAUUGAAAAGGAUUCAUCAGCAAGUCACAACUUCCAAGAGUCAUCUUCUCCAAAGCUGAUCAAGUCGCCAUCUCUGCAGAGGGUGCAGGCUGUCCAUGCAUUUCGGCAGCAGGAUGCUAAUUUUAACUCACAUGAAUCAUCGAGGGGUCAGAGCCCGCCUUCAGAGCAAAUGUUUGAAAAUGGGAUGCCCUUAGAUGCACCAGAAAAAGCACUGUCCAUGAAGAGGCAGGAUAGCUUAGAAUUGAAACUGCCUGAGUUACCCAAAAUCGAGGUCCAUUCUUUACAUCAUCAAACAUCAAAUGCUUCAGACCCUGAGUCACCAAUAUCACCCCUUUUGACCUCUGAUCCUAAAAAUGAGCGCUCGCAUUCAAAGACCUUUAGUCGAACCCUCUAUCAAUUUGAUGAAAUCCCUCUGAGACAACGGGACUCGAAGGAUUUGCAAGAUCAGAAACCUCCUUCCUUUUGGAGGCUUACAGAACUCAGCUUUGCGGAGUGGUUCUAUGCUCUUCUCGGAAGCAUUGGUGCAGCUGUAUUUGGUUCUUUUAAUCCCCUUCUUGCUUACAUUCUCGCACUGAUCGUGGAGGCAUAUUAUAGAUCUAGUCAUCAUCACUUACGCCUGGAUGUGGAUAGGUGGUGCCUGAUCAUUGCAUGCAUGGGUGUUGUGACAGUUGUUGCCAAUUUUCUGCAGCACUUCUAUUUUGGUAUCAUGGGGGAGAAAAUGACUGAGCGAGUUAGGAGAAUGAUGUUUUCAGCCAUGUUGCGGAAUGAAGUUGGAUGGUUUGAUGAAGAGGAGAACAGUGCAGACACAUUAUCAGUUCGCUUGGCAAAUGAUGCCACAUUUGUUCGUGCUGCUUUUAGUAACCGGCUUUCUAUAUUUAUCCAAGACACUGCUGCUGUAAUUGUGGCUCUUCUCAUUGGGAUGCUUCUACAAUGGCGAUUGGCAGCUGUUGCUUUGGCCACCCUACCUAUUCUUACAGUUUCUGCUAUUGCUCAGAAGCUGUGGCUUGCUGGUUUCUCAAGAGGCAUUCAGGAGAUGCACAGGAAGGCCUCUUUGGUCCUCGAGGAUGCUGUUCGAAACAUCUACACUGUCGUCGCAUUCUGUGCUGGUAACAAAGUCAUGGAGCUGUACAGACUGCAGCUUGUGAAAAUUUUCAAGCAGAGUUUCCUACACGGAAUGGCUAUCGGUUUUGCCUUCGGCUUCUCACAGUUCCUGCUUUUUGCUUGCAAUGCCCUCCUCCUCUGGUUCGCAGCUGUCUCUGUGAAAAAGCACAAUCUGAGCCUCCAGACAGCGCUCAAAGAGUACAUGGUGUUUUCUUUUGCAACUUUUGCACUUGUGGAGCCAUUCGGUCUUGCACCAUACAUACUCAAACGGAGGAAAUCGCUCAUAUCAGUAUUUGAAAUCAUAGAUCGUGUCCCAAAGAUAGACCCAGAUGACCACACUGGCCUUAAACCACCUAACGUCUAUGGAAGCCUCGAGCUGAAGAAUGUAGAUUUCUGUUAUCCAACUCGUCCAGAUGUGAUGGUAUUGAGCAAUUUCAGUCUUAAAAUUAACGGUGGGCAAACUGUAGCCGUGGUGGGUGUUUCAGGGUCUGGAAAGAGCACGAUAAUUGCUUUGAUAGAGAGGUUCUAUGAUCCAGUUGCUGGGCAGGUUUUGCUGGAUGGUCGAGAUCUGAAUAUGUUCAACUUAAGGUGGUUGAGGAACCACCUGGGCCUGGUUCAGCAGGAACCUAUCAUCUUUUCGACGACCAUAAGGGAGAACAUAAUAUAUGCAAGGCAUAAUGCAACUGAAGCCGAGAUGAAAGAGGCAGCGAGAAUAGCGAAUGCCCACCACUUCAUUAGCAGCUUGCCUAAUGGUUACGACACACACAUAGGCAUGCGGGGUGUGGAUCUGACACCGGGACAGAAGCAGAGGAUUGCAAUUGCUCGGGUUGUGCUGAAGAAUGCGCCCAUCUUGUUAUUAGAUGAGGCAAGUUCCGCUAUUGAGUCCGAGUCGAGCCGGGUUGUCCAGGAGGCCCUUGAUACGCUGAUCAUGGGGAACAAGACAACCAUUCUCAUCGCACACCGAGCAGCGAUGAUGAGACAUGUGGACAAUAUUGUAGUUCUCAAUGGUGGUCGAAUCGUUGAGCAGGGGACCCAUGAUUCACUAUUAGCGAUGAACGGUUUGUAUGUGCGGCUGAUGCAGCCUCAUUUCCCAAAGGGCUUUCGGCAACAUCGACUUGUUUAGACAGGCAGUUUUUGCAGAUGAAUCUACAGUUGGUUUCAUUCUCUUCCACCCAUUUUCUGCACGCCGGGAAUGCCUAUGACGCUUGAAGUCUUCAUCGGUGGUUGUAUACUUGAAUGGGUGGAGAAGGGAACUAAUGGGUUUUUAGAGUUCUGCUUAUCCCACAUGCACCCCCACACAUGGCAACACAUUCCAACCUGGCAUGGGUGUGGGACAUCGUUUUGGGGGACAGUGGGCAUGCAUCAGGUGGCCACACCAUGAAAAAAAAAAAAGCCCAUCGAAAGAAAUAAAAAAUAAAAAAUCAACACAUUAGAUGAACCACACAUGUAAAUUGAAUACAGACCCCUGGCAUUCUUUCAAGCUCUCAAUUGGUUUCUUAUGUGUGGCCCAUGAUGGUGGGGACCACCUGAUUAACUGCCAAGAUGGUACGUGUGGCUGUUCAUGGAGGUGCAUGUGGGUGUAGCAGAGCUCGGGACUUGUAACGGUGAGUGUUUGGGUUGGGGUUGGCAGUCGACAUUGUUCAGUUGUAAGAUUGGAAUUGGGGUUGUCCAGUUUGCGGGGUUGACAAGCACUUAAAAAAGGCCACGAGCUCUGAUACAAGUUUGUGAUGCAUUCUUUUGGAGGCAAAUGUGGGCAGGUUCGCAACACCUCCAUGUUAUAUAUUUGUUUUGUUAUCAAUCAAAGAAAACUUCUGUCA